CUCGAAUUCAUCCCACCCCUGACAGUAUUAUCUUAAGGAUCCAAAGUAACCCACGUCUGACUGAACCGAGCAUCUAAAGCUUUGACUACAGGUGCAACCGAGAUUGAUAUUGAUCACGUGUCUAUGUGCCAGUGCAAGCAUGCGUUCUCGAAACGUAACUUUCGUCAUCAUCUUAGGUUACUCAUUGUGUGGAGAUAAAUUCGAUAUGACUGAAGACUCAAUUCCUAAUAAGAGGAUCUUCAAAGAUCCAGUACAUGACUAUGUGGAGUACGAUCCAUGGAUUUGCAGCUUCAUAGACACACCGCACUUUCAACGGUUGAGAUACGUAAAACAACUAGGAAUCUCGUACUAUGUGUACCCAGGAGCAUCUCACAAUAGAUUCGAGCAUUGUCUCGGCGUUGGCCACCUGGCCAGGAUGAUGGCUCAACAUCUUCAGAAGAGCCAACCGUCGUUGGGUAUCACGGAUGAGCAUAUACGAUGCGUUGAGCUUGCUGGACUGUGCCACGACCUUGGUCAUGGGCCUUGGUCCCAUGUUUGGGAUGGUCAUUUUAUCCCAAAAGCCCUUCCUAAUCACCCCAAAUGGAGUCACGAGCAAGCUUCAGAGAUGAUGUUCGAUGACAUGGUGAAGAAGUACCGUAGCCUUGACAUCUCGCCUGAGGAUGUAGAGACCGUGAAAGCACUCAUUUCGGGCAGAAAGGAGCGAUGCAAGCUUGGGACUACUAUGCCUUUUUUGUUUGAGAUUGUUGCCAACGAUCUCAAUGGCAUCGACGUCGACAAGUUCGAUUACAUCGCUCGUGACUGCCACGCUGUCGGCGAGAAACGCAACAUUGCCAUGACGAGAUUGAUUCAUUCUGCUCGCGUCAUCGACGGUCAAAUAUGCUAUGACAUCAAGGAUGCCAACACAGUUUACGAACUGUUCUACACCCGUUUCUCGUUGCAUAAAAAUAUCUAUAAUCACAAAACUACUCGCGCCAUUGAAUACAUGAUCAUGGACGUACUUCUCAUUGCACAGAAGCACAUGAAGUUCGCAGAGUAUAUCGAUGUACCUGAGAAGUAUCUUCAUCUCACGGAUGAUCUCUUUCACCGCAUCAACAUGACCGAAUCGGAAGAACUCGCACCAGCGCGCAAGAUUAUUGAACGUAUCCAGACCCGUGACCUCUAUCGCCGGGUGGACUACAAGAUCAUGGACUGGGACGACAAGGAGUUUUGUCAGGCACAUAUCACGCCUGAAGCAAUCGUGCAUGCUGCCAAAAACGCCAACCUUGAAGGUGUUGAACAGAGCCUCGUCACUGAGCUCACUGUUGACCACGUCAUUGUGGAUAUUUCCAAGAUGCACUACGGCAGAGGAGUGGACAAUCCCAUCUAUCAGGUUAAAUUCUAUAGCAAGCAUGAGCCAAAUGGUGAUCACCAAAUACUACAAUAUGACAACUAUACUGAUCCUUCCUCAGUGUGCCGGCGGGCCGAGUCGGGAGACGUCUCCCUUUUAAUGCCCGAGAAGUUUGGCGAGCUCCUCCUGAGAGUUUACACCAAGGAAGAGAGAUUUAUGGGUCUCGUGCAAACCGCAUACCGGCAUGUGCUCAGGUCUCUUCCUAUGCCGGGUGAGGCAACGGAAAUAGCCACUAUAGUACCAACACCUCCCGCUACUGAAGCACCUUCCACCCCAACGGCGCUUACGUCUAACCUCGGUCUUGGUGUACCUCAGAGCCGUGUUUCAAGACCUUUCGGACGCACACCUAGCUAUUCGGACAACCAAUUCACCACGCUUCCUCCCAAUUGUCAGAGCCGCUCUCCGACGAGGAUAUCAUCACGAAGCUUGAAGAGAACUAGGGAGGCCAGUAUCGAGUUGGACAUUGACAACCCUCCCCCGACUAGGAAGAGUAUGCGUUUAGCGUCUGCAAAGUGAUCUUACCACCAUAGAGGGCUUGACUUUCUUCCAGUUUCCUGCUUGCAGUGUUAGACUCGUGCCUUCGUUGCAUUUACGUUCUGCAUUCAGCCUGUAUCCAUUCACGAUUCGUUGGAAAGAGGAAUUCACUUACUAUACAAAUUUUAUAACACGCCUCGCACUUCAUACCAGUAACAUACCAUAUGUACUUACUUGACACCCUUGCGGCAAUCUGACGCGUCAAGCGGUUAGAGACUCCUGCGGCUGAUGUGUUCUGUUCCCCCGGUUUCUUGACGUCGAGUAAGUUACUGUUGCCUGAUGAACUCAGCCCAAAGGCACCCUUCCAGUCU